AUGGGCACCCUUGCCAACAUUGCCCUCGUUGUUUUGGGCAUCUCAUUCUUGGUAUUUGUAACAUUUUUCGGUCGCCUUCCAGCACUCAGACGCACCCCAAUUGCCUGGCUGCACCGACUGUUAUGGGUGCAUCUUCCUAAUUGGUUCACAAGCCUCGACCAGCGUCUCAGCGGGGGCAGGGUGACGAGCUCCUGCUCCCGCUUCGGCAACUACAUGAUGUAUGACCGGCACCCGACCGUCCUGAUCUUCUUCCUCGCCCUCCUCAUCGGCGGCGAAGUCCUCUACCUCCCCACCGCCUGGCCCCAACUCUCCCCCCUACACAAAGCCACCGGCGCCAUCGCCAUCCUCCUCCCCUACCUCUUCCUCUACCUCUCCGCGGCCACGGACGCAGGCACCAUUACCGCGGCCAACCACGUGCCCGAGAUGGCGCGCUACCCCUACGACUUCACCUUGUUCCACCCGGGCGCGGUCUGCAGCACGUGCCGCCGCCUGAAGCCGGCGCGGUCCAAGCACUGCGCCGUCUGCAAGCGCUGUGUGGCGCGCUGCGACCACCACUGCAUCUUCAUCAACAACUGCGUCGGCGCCGCCAACACCCACUGGUUCCUGUUGUUGUUGCUGUCGACCGCCCUCCUGACCCUGUACGGCGGGGUGUUGGGCGUGGGCCUGAUGACGGCGCAGAUGAGGCUGGGGGAUGCAGGAUGCGGGGCGGGGCACCGGGGGUGGCGUGGCGAUGGGCGCGGUGACGCUGCUGGCGCUGAUGACGAGCCCGUUGGUGUGGGCGUUGUUGGGGUAUCAUUUGUGGUUGGUGUAUUGCGGGACGACGACGAAUGA